AUGACACCAAUCUAUCAGCAAUUCCUGGCUUUGCAAUUUACAGUCAAGGAGAUCAAUGAAAAUCCCCAGAUUUUACCCAAUCACACCCUGGGCUUCCACAUCUAUAACAGUUACUUUACUGCCACAUGGACCUAUCGUGCCACAUUAGAACUGUUCUCGACCAAGGAGAGAUUCAUCCCUAACUACACGUGUGACCUUCAGAAAAGACCAACAGCUGCCAUUGGCGGACCAAGUUCUGCAGUUGGAGCCCACAUGAACACCAUCCUGUCCCUCUACAAGAUGCCACAGCUCAACCGCUUUGUACGAAGGGUAUCUUUCAAUAACAGUGCAGGGGAAAAAGUUUCCUUCAAUCAGAAUGGAGAGUUAGAGGCCCAGCCACUUUCUCUGUGUAAUAGCAAGUGCCAUUCAGGAUACAGUAAGAAAAAGAUAGAAUCAAAGCCUUUUUGCUGCUAUGAUUGUCUUCGAUGUCCUGAUGGGAAGAUUGCUAACCAGGAAGAUAUGGAUGACUGUUUUCACUGUCCAGAGGAUCAGUACCCAAACAAUAGCCAUGAUCUAUGUCUCCCGAAAGUUUUAACAUUCCUGAUGUACGAAGAACUUUGGGGGACUAUUUUAGCCAGCUCUGCUCUUUUCUGUUCUUUCAUUACAGCUGCAGUCCUCUGGAUCUUUAUUACACAUCAGGAUACUCCUCUAGUUAAAGCCAAUAACCGAAACCUGACCUACACGCUCCUUGUUGCUCUCUUGCUUUCUUUCCUCUGUGCUUUGCUCUUCAUUGGCAAGCCAUCCAAGGUGACCUGUGUCCUCCGUCAAACCGCUUUUGGAGUUAUCUUCUCAGUGGCCAUUUCUUGUGUUUUAGCCAAAACUCUCAUUGUGGUUCUGGCUUUUAUGGCCACCAAGCCUGGGACCAAGGUCACCAAAUGGGUGGGGAAAAAACUUGCCAUGUCGGUAGUAUUUGGCUGCUCCUUUGUUCAAGCUGUGAUAUGCACUGUGUGGCUGACAACCUCUCCCCCAUUCCCAGAUGCUGACUUGACUUCAGUGGCAGAAGAAAUAGUUCUGGAAUGUAACGAAGGCUCCAACUACAUGUUUUAUGGUGUCCUGGGCUACAUGGGCUUCCUUGCCUUGGUUAGCUUCACGGUGGCUUUCCUGGCAAGGAAAUUGCCUGAUGCUUUCAAUGAAGCCAAGUUUAUCACCUUCAGCAUGUUGGUCUUCUGCAGCGUUUGGUUGUCCUUCAUUCCAACGUACCUGAGCACAAAAGGAAAAUACAUGGUGGCUGUGGAGAUCUUCUCUAUCAUAGCCUCCAGCGUUGGGAUACUGAUUUGCAUCUUUUUCCCCAAAUGUUUUAUCAUUAUAUGG